CAAAGGCCCCCUCUUCCUCUUCCACAGGCAGGAGCAGCCAUCCUCCACGGAGAGCCCAGCUGUCAGCUGCCUCACAGGAAGAUGCUUCGAGGAUGGGGUGGCCCCAGUGUGGGUGUGUGUAUGCGCGCAGCGCUGGGGGUGCUGUGCCUCUGCCUCACAGGAGCUGUGGAGGUCCAGGUCUCUGAAGACCCCGUGGUGGCCCUGGUAGACACAGAUGCCACCCUACGCUGCUCCUUUUCCCCAGAGCCUGGCUUCAGUCUGGCACAACUCAACCUCAUCUGGCAGCUGACAGACACCAAACAGCUGGUGCACAGCUUCACGGAGGGCCGGGACCAAGGCAGUGCCUACGCCAACCGCACUGCGCUCUUCCCUGACCUGUUGGUGCAGGGCAAUGCGUCCUUGAGGCUGCAGCGUGUCCGAGUAACUGAUGAGGGCAGCUACACCUGCUUUGUGAGCAUCCAGGACUUUGACAGCGCUGCUGUUAGCCUGCAGGUGGCCGCCCCCUACUCGAAGCCCAGCAUGACCCUGGAGCCCAACAAGGACCUGCGUCCAGGGGACAUGGUGACCAUCACGUGCUCCAGCUACCAGGGCUAUCCGGAGGCCGAGGUGUUCUGGAAGGACGGACAGGGAGUGCCCUUGACUGGCAAUGUGACCACAUCCCAGAUGGCUAACGAGCGGGGCUUGUUCGAUGUUCACAGCGUGCUGAGGGUGGUGCUGGGUGCUAACGGCACCUACAGCUGCCUGGUACGCAACCCGGUGUUGCAGCAAGAUGCUCACGGCUCAGUCACCAUCACAGGGCAGCCCCUGACAUUCCCCCCUGAGGCUCUGUGGGUGACCGUGGGGCUCUCUGUCUGUCUUGUGGUACUGCUGGUGGCCCUGGCCUUCGUGUGCUGGAGAAAGAUCAAGCAGAGCUGUGAGGAGGAGAAUGCAGGUGCUGAGGACCAGGAUGGAGAUGGAGAAGGAUCCAAGACAGCUCUACGGCCUCUGAAACACUCUGAAAACAAAGAAGAUGAUGGACAAGAAAUUGCUUGAUCGAGAGCUGCUGCCCUUCCCAGGUCGGGGGCCCAACCUCUGGCAGUGUUGAGCUUCAAUGUGAGCCCUUCCCCCAAUGAAUGGGUUCUGUUCCACAGAUCUACCCGUUCAUCAAAGGACGUGGUUCAUAGACCACCCACAGCCUUACUUUUCCAAUGGACUUAAUUCCCAUCAUCCUGCAGCCUCAUUUCUCCAGUGACAGGAUACACAAACCAUCCUGCAGCCUUACUUCUUACAGACACGACACAAAGAUGAUGUUCUUCCUCGAUGUUCCUCCAGAGUCAUCUGGUGGCCUUGUGAUACCGCAUGAACCUUCUUCCAUCUGCCUUACUUCUAAUGGACACACACACACACACACACACACACACCACCCCCGCAUCCUUGCUCCUCCAAAGCCAUGCAGACUGUGUAACUGCUAUUAUUCUCCAAGGGGCAUCCUGUUCAGAUGAACCCCUGCCUUACUUCUCUGAAGACAGCUGCACAGUUACCCCUUGGUUCUUUCUCCCAUGGCCCUGACGUAUCUUAGUUACCAAUCCUCAACCUCGGUUCUGAGGGUGGGAUCCCAUCACUCGGCGAGUCUUCAUCCUGACUUCCCUGCCCUGAUCUGGCCCCAGCUUUUGUUGUCUUGCUCCCUGACUAAGUGAGAUGGGGCACCCCCCCUACACACACACACACACACACACACACACACACACACACAGGUCACAGAUACCUUCCUGCAGCUGUGCGUGCUGGAUCACGUACAUACUCACCUUGCAUGGUCUCCCUGGGCUGUGCCCGUUCUCCUCACAGGAAGCAGGUGCUUGUCUCCCUGGUUCUCAGGGCCCCUUGGGGGCUCAGCCUUCAACCCUGUGUGUCCCCAUGUUGGGAAUCUUUGUUACCUUUUCCUUCUUAGUAAAUUAACAUCUGAUAAUAACCACUGGGUCCAGUGGGACUUUCACAGACCCACCAGCUAGAUAAAUAAUGACACAGAAGUUUAUUAAUAUUUUAAGGCUUAGACCUUUUGCUGGGCACUCUCCCAACUACUCUAUCCUGACUAAUCCUGGCACUAUGUCCCACCACAUGGCCGGGUCUACCUCUCUGCUCCACUCCCAAUCCACCUCCAUGUCUGCCAGCAAGUCUCCCGUGAUUCAGUUCUUCUCCCAGAGUCCCUAUCUCUUCCCGGAAGUACCAACUUCAACUUCCUGCCCAACUAUUGGCCGUCAGCUCUUUAUUAAAGCCGAUCAGAUGUAAUUCUAGAUUGCCUUAGGCAGGUGUGGAAGAAACAAGUAUUUCUAAAAUAUGAGACCAGCGGUGAGCCAUAGAAAUAACAACACCAGAUCCUGCCAGCAUUUCACCCUCUGCUGGUACAAAAUUAACAAUCGAAUAUACAGAGACCUACCUUCAGAGUGUACCCCAACAACAGGCGUGAGCAUUGUGCUGGGUACUAGGGUCCUGCCGGAAAUUCAGAGACCUUACCUCCAGCUGGGACAUGGCCUCGCUCCCGACUUACCCACCACUUCUGGAUACCUCACCCUCAGCCCACACUAUCCCUGACCUAGGGCCCAGGGUAGGGCCAGAAACAUGGAGAAAACAUAGCCCCUUGCCGUACCUGGAGGACUGGGUAUUUUCCAGAGUCUUUAUAGAUGUGGACUGGAAGGCAGGUGGCCACAGCCAUGCAGACCUGGGUCGGGGCAGAAACCUAUGCCGUGCUGGGACCUACUCAACAGCUGGAGCCUGAAGAGGGCCUGAGGACAAGAAGGGCCUUCUUACCAUGGUGCUACUCUGGAGCUGAGGUAUGUACCUGGCUUCUGACAGAACUUCUGACGUCCUCCUGAAGGCCUCUCUCCCACCCCAGUACCUGAGGACCUGAGGAUAAUUUAAACAUGGGAUUCUGGCCAGCACCUGGAAGAGCCAGUUGGAUCUCUGACUUUGGACCCAGCCUGGUCUACAGAGGGAGUUCCAGGACAUCUGAGGCUCCACAGAGAAACCAUCUCAAAGACUAAAAAUA